CAUCAAGUUUCAAUCAAGUUUGAGUUAUGAAAUAUUUCUAAUUCUCCUCCAUUUGAGUAUUGUUUUGCAAAAGACAAUUGAUUGAAUACAAGUCCUGUUCUUCCAUUUUUUUUGUCUGUGGAAGUAGAAAUCCAAAUUGGGUUUUCUCGGUUGAUGGAUAAAUGUAAUUUAGGAGCUUUUGAGUGAAAUUAGGGAUUGAUCUAUUGAUUACUCGGGUUUAAGAGGGUUUGUGACCAUUUUGCUCAUAAGUUACAUUUACUGUUCAUGUGCACUGUUCACAGAUACUGUUCAUAGGCACUGUUCACACACCGAGGGUUAACAAUUAACAAUUAACGGGGAUUUAAAUGAUUAGUUUGUGAUAUAAGAAUAAAUUUGGAGAGGUUCGGUUAUUGGAGAUUGAUAGGAAUAAUAUCGUGAUUAGGGAUUAGUCAUGAUGAUUUUAACUUGAAUUUGUGAUAGUCCGGUAUUAAUUCUGAGGUGUUUUGAUUAGGUUUCUGAUCGUUCUGUCAGUUAGCACCGUGAAUUGAGCCUUUGGUUUUAAGCGAGUGAGGUAAGUAAAUUAUGGUAAAGCCGUUCGAUUGUAAAGCAUGUUUUAAAUUGUUUUUGAGAUGGUGGCAAGGGGAAUUCCAUUGUUUUCUGGAAUUAAGCGUGAUUGAAAUGAAAAUGAGAAUUUCAUUGUUUUUCUGAAGUAGAGCAUGCUUAUUUGAAACUUUCUGAAUUGCCUUGAUGAUCUGAAAGUUAUUUGUAAAGAAUGAUUUUUCUGUUAACUUUUGCCUGUUUUGUCUCCAAUAUGGUCGUGUCAUUACUAACCCUGCUAGUAGGGGUUAAACGCUAGCACAUGUCGACAUGUUAUUGAUAGGACCGGUUUGUUCGACUGACCCUGUUAGUGGGGGUUAUACACCAGCAAAUACUGACCCUGCUAGUGGGGGUUAAAUACCAGCAAAUAUUAUAGCCUGCCAGUGGGAGGUUUAAACACUGGCCAUGACCUAUUGAGGAGACGUCUAUUUCGUUCCCGUACUGCAUCCGUUUUCGCAAUUACACUUGUUGGCAUGCUAUGGGUUUACAUAAACGGUUUGUCAUUGAAUGCUUUUCUAUUGAACUGAGUCUGAUUCUGUAUUGACGAUUUGUCAUUGAACGCUUUCCUACUGAACUGAAUUUGAUUUUGCAUUAACGGUUUAUCAUGGAAUGUUUUGUUAUGUUAAAUUGUUUAUCAAGCAUGCUAAAAUUUUACCCAAGGGCUAUCCAUAUUUACUUACUGAGUUUAUCUCAUAGUUUUUCCUUAUCCACCAUUUCAGGAAGCGAAACCGAGGACGGGGAAACCACGGGAAGUGACGAGUUAGAAGGAUAGCCAUUUUGAGAUUUAUAUAGAUUUUAGAAAUGAAUCAUGCUUUUGUAAGAUAGAUAGAUUUUACCUUGAAAUUUUGAGUUUGAGUUAUUGGAUUGUCAGAUGUGAAUUGGAUAAGUUCCGAGCCUUGUGCACUUGUGGGACCCGUCUCACGAGUGCACGGCGUUUGUCGCGCCUCGAAUUUGGAUUUUGGGGCGUGACAUGUUGUGUGUUCAAUUGAGGAGUCAAAUGAUAUUGAGACACUUUCUCUUGAUGAGUUGCAGAACUCAUUGUUAAUUCAUGAGCGGAAGAUAAAUCGCCAAGACAAGCAAGAGCAAAUAGUGCAGAUUUCACAGACACAAGCCUUGCAGACCACAGUUAAUUCAAGGGUUGUAGGUCGAGGAAAAGAAAACUGGAAAGGCAGACCAAGAUCUGGCAGACCGAGAUCUGACAGAUUGGAGGAAAGUUCAACCAUUAGAAUUCAGAAGAGGUGGCAGAACAAAAAUUAUCAAGCUGCAGAUAACAGAUCCAAAUCUGUAGGAAAGACAAAUAUUGAAUGCUUCAGAUGUCAUAAGUAUGGCCAUUAUCGUUCUGAAUGCCGUGUUAAUCUGAAUAGAGGAGAAAGUUCCAAUUUUGCAAAACACAAUGAGAAGAAUGACGAUUCCUCUCUAUUCAUGGUCUAUCAUCCUAAAGAAGUUAGCAAGAAGAUUGUGUGGUAUCUGGAUACUGGUUGCAGCAACCACAUGUGUGGAGACAAAUCUACGUUUUUAGAUUUGGAUGAGUCUUGUCAAGACAAGGUGAAAUUUGGUGAUAAUUCCACUAUUGCAGUCAAGGGAAAGGAAAAGGUAACCAUUCGUGCCAAAGACAAUUCAAUUCAAACUAUUUCUAAUGUUCUGUAUGUACUAGAUUUGAAGUCGAAUCUACUUAGUCUGGGACAAC